UGUUUUCUUUGUAAAGGACGAGCAACAGGCUGGGCCCCUGCUGAGUGUAGCACAACGAACGAGCGAAGUUAAACCCGUUACCGACAGGCAGCGUUGCCGCCGUGGAGCCUGAAUGGUUUAUGUUCGUCUCGUUUUAAGUUGUACCGGGAGAAGGCACAAGAAGACGACGGCCUCCGCGUUGUUUUAUUAAACUGAAACACCAGACCAGUUCGCGGCCGUGGCAUGGAUGAGGUACGGCCUACCAGCGGUGCUCAAGCCCACGGGCUGGUGACGCUGUUUCCUCCCGGACUGCAAGCCAUCUACGGGGAAUGCCGGCGACUGUACCCCGAGCAGGCCAACCCACUCCAAGUAACAGCCAUUGUGAAAUACUGGUUAGGGGGACCAGACCCGUUAGACUACAUCAGCAUGUAUAGGAAUCAGGGAUGUCCGGCUCAGGACAUCCAGGAGCAUUGGCACUAUGUCAGCUUUGGACUGAGCGACCUGUAUGGGGAUAAUAGGGUUCAUGAAUUCACAGGGGCAGACGGACCCAGUGGGUUUGGCUUUGAGCUCACCUUCAGACUCAAAAGAGAGGUGGGGGAGACGGCACCACCGACCUGGCCAGCGGAACUCAUGCAGGGCUUGGCUCGCUAUGUGUUCCAGUCCGAAAACACAUUUUGCAGUGGCGACCACAUAUCGUGGCACAAUCCACUAGACAACAGUGAAUCUCGUAUCCAACAUAUGUUGCUGACGGAGGACCCGCAGAUACACCCCAUUCAAACUCCGUUUGGCACAGUGAGCUUUCUCCAGAUUGUGGGUGUAUGCACAGAGGAGCUACAGGCGGCUCAACAGUGGAACGGCCAAGGCAUUCUGGAGCUGAUGCGUGGAGUCCAUGUAGCUGGUGGCCCCUGGCUGAUCACAGACAUGAGGAGAGGGGAGACAAUUUUCGACAUUGACCCACACCUACAACAGGAGAGAGUGGACCAGGGGAUCGAGACCGAGGGCUCAAACCUGAGCGGGGUCAGCGCCAAGUGUGUGUGGGACGACCUGAGUCGACCGCCAGAGGACGAGGAGGACAGCCGGUCCAUCUGCAUAGGAUCACAGCCACGUCGGCUCUCGGACAAAGACACAGAGCAGAUCAGGGAGACCCUGAGAAAAGGACUGGAGUUUAACAGUAAGGCAGCGCUGCCGCCAAUUAGCAGCCAGAGACAGAGUCAUGAGAGACCUCAAAGCCGGAAGGACAGUUUGGAGAGUGAGAGCUCAGCAGCCAUUGUUCCACACGAAUUGGUCCGAACGCGUCAGUUGGAGAGCGUUCAUCUGAAAUUCAACCAAGAGUCGGGCACUCUGCUGCCCCUCUGCCUGAGGGGCCGGUUGCUCCAUGGGAGACAUUUCACUUACAAAAGUAUCAACGGAGACACGGCCAUUACAUUUGUGUCUACUGGAGUUGAAGGAGCUUUUGCUACUGAAGAGCAUCCAUACGCUGCCCACGGCCCCUGGCUUCAGAUAUUGUUGACCGAAGAGUUUGUAGAGCAAAUGCUUGGGGAUUUACAGGAACUCAACACUCGUGAGGAGACCAAGUUACCAAAGGAGUAUAGUUGGCCGGAGAAGAAGCUGAAGAUCUCUGUCCUACCAGAUUCUGUGUUUGAUAAUCCACUACAAUGAGGCAGAGACAUUUAAACACUAGAAACUACAAAGGAAAAAUACCUGCAAACACAUUUCUCCAGAGCGGACCAUCAUGAACUGGAGGCCUCCCCAGAACACGCAGCAAACCCCUGCCGCUCCCCGGCAACACAGGAUGCGUAGUUCCCGCGGUGGAACGGCCCCCAAGACUGUUUCAUCCCUGAAGAUGAUCUGAAGACUUUUGACUGUUACUGCAUUCUCAGACUAACCCCCGUUGUUUACAACAUGGAUGCUUUUGAAAAUGUAACCUCAGCCACAAUCCAGCCUGUCCAGAUGUUUGACCUUUCAGGUGAUCAUUAUAGGUGACACACUAUAGCUGUAGGGCAAAAACAAUGAUGUCGCCAUUCCUCCAGUAGGGCCUGCCAGGGCCGACGUCGCAAAUGUAGCCGAGCACGACUCCUGCGAUCACCAGACACAUCCCAGGCGAAGGCCUGUGUUGCAGUUUCACUAAAAACUAAUUUCUAUUUAUUCCAGUGGCCUUAGGAAAAGGCAGAAAAGUCACAUAUUGAACCGUUUUAUCAGUAUUGUUUUCAACUGAGCUGGUGUAAAGUAUUUACAAAUGCUGGACAUUUUUUUCUCUUGUGUGUUUGUGGCCAUAUACCAAAGUUCUAACUGUUGACAGUCUACUGCCAGCCGCCGUUCGUGUCCAGGAUGUGUCACGAUUCUGUAAUAAGGACACGACGGGCUUCGAACUCUUCUUACCUACUACCCACUGCCCGUUUGUCUGGGGGAAACCAAGCAAACAUCUCAACUGUUUGUCUGAGUUAUUUGGCAAAUGCUACAGGUAUGAACACCUUUAUCGCCUGUGCCAAGAAUGUGACUCCUCUAUUGAGUAAUAUUUUUUUUUCAAUUUCAGUUUUCUCAUGUUGGACGAGGAAAAGUUGUGAAAUGAAAUCCAGGAUGUCUUGUCGUACGUGUACAAAGACUAUGGGAGUCUGUGUUCAGUGUCCUCCCUCAGUUGUCGUCUCCAGCGGCCAAUGAAACUCAAAUGUGUUUCCGGAGUAAAACUUCCUCAGUGCCUUGCGUUAAAAAGGACCACAUAUUCUCUGUUGACGCUCGCCUUCAACAAAACAUCCUUUUGAUUCGAGGCUGCUGCGUUCACCGUCUUUCUUAUACCGUCAGUGCAUUCCGUGUUAACACCAAAACAAAAACUACUUUUACUACUGUGUCUUCUUACAAAAUGUACUCUUAUACAACCUUAGUUUCUUUGAUUUAAUUUUUAAUUUUAAAAAAAAAUUCCGAGUACAAAUGGAAAGUUUAGGUAUUGUUGAUAUGGUAUUUUGUCAUUUCUAUCUUAUUGACUGAACUGGCUGAUUGUAAUCCCAAGUGCAUUAAGGAGUGUAGAUAUUUACACAAAUAAAGCUGGAACACUAAUGCAGAA